AUGGAAAAUGUAUCAGCAGUGACAUCCUUCAUAUUCACAGCAUACACUGAAAUGGAAGAUCAUAGAUAUUUAUAUAUUUCAUGUUUUCUUUUUUUAUACAUUCUGAUACUAUUGGCCAACUCAGUUCUAAUCAUAGUAAUUUUCAGUGAGAAAGGACUGCAUAAGCCCAUGUAUUUAUUUAUUUGCAAUUUAGCAGUAAAUGAAAUUUAUGGCAGCACAUCUUUACUACCAUCAAUAAUGAAUCAUUUAGUGUCUCAUAAUUAUGGAAUUUCUCUAACUGGUUGUCUUUUACAGAUAUUUUUUGUCCACUCUUAUAAUGCAGUUGAAUUUACUAUUUUAGCAGUGAUGGGCUAUGACCGGUAUGUUGCCAUUUGUCAGCCAUUACACUAUCACCAAUUAAUGUCUCACAGGAAAAUGUGUAUCCUUAUUGCUUUAUCCUGGGUUUAUCCAAAUAUUUUCUUUGGAUUUUAUUUUAUAUUAACUAUACAACAAACAUUCUGUGGCAGAUUUAUAGAGAGAGUGUAUUGUACAAAUUUUCCCUUAGUCAGACUGUCUUGUCUUGAUACGACUCUUCAUAGCAUAAUUGGACUGGCAUUUUUUUUUGUUUUACCUGGCCCUCAGAUUUUUAUGAUACUAUUUUCCUAUGCCCAAAUACUCAGAAUCUGUCUGCUUGCUUCUAAGGAAUCUCAGGCCAAAGCUCUUCAAACAUGUACCCCGCACCUACUGGCUGUGAUUAACUAUGUGUUUGGAGUAUUAUUUGAGAUCAUUCAAAGUCGUUUCAACAUGACUCAUGUAGCUUAUAAUGCUCGCAUAUUCAUGUCCCUUUACUUUUUGAUAAUCCCUCCACUUUUUAAUCCUCUUAUUUAUGGAAUUAGCAUUCAAGCAAUCAGGGUCCAGAUUUUCAAACUGUUUAGUGGUAAAAAAGUAAAUAAUCUCCACUAA